AUGACUUCGUGCCUGAGGAAAAGAAAUAAGUUGCAAAACACAGAUGAAUCAGUAUUGUUGAUGAAGAACUGCCAAAUUUUGCUGGAAAAGUUGAUUACCUCUUGUAAUGAAGGUGAAACCCACAUAAAUGAUGCAGUGGUAGCAACAGUGGGAUAUAUUGCUCCAGAGUACAUGAUUACAGGUGAUUGCAAUGAGAAAUGCGAUGUUUAUAGUUUUGGUAUAUUACUUCUUGAGCUUUUGACAAGACAAACAGUAUAUGAUCCUUCGCGCAGCAAAAAUGGAGCUGAUUAUUGGUUAUUGAAUCAUGCGAUGAAAUUCAUUGAAGAUGAUAAGUUUGUGGAGGUAGUAGAUCCCAUCCUUCUUAAAGACAAAUCAUGUCCUAUAAAAGAGAAGCUAUUACAAGCUUUGACAGAGCUUAUUCUUAAAUGUGUUUGUGAAUCAGCUGAAGACAGACCAACAAUGAUUGAUGUGGCAAAACAACUUAGGCAAAUGUAUCAAUUGUCCAGUUAA